AUGGACACGUGUGGAAAAACGGUUUCCAUUCACACAUGUUUGUUCAAACUACCCUGUUCCGCCAACCACCCUCACCGUAACCCUCUCUCUGUCUCAACACCACCAUCAAUCUUCGCGAAAUGGCUCGGCAUCCAGCUUCUUCACCAUCAUCAUACCAUCAACGCUACACACAACCACCGACCCUUCUUUCAAUUAUCCUGCAAGGAACACAACCUCCCUCUCUGUAACGCGAGCAACAUCAAACUACCUUCAAAUCAGUUCACAUACCAUCAUCACCGUCCGCUUCAUCUCUAUCACAGUCGUUCAACGCUAUUAUCCGUCACCAUCCAAACCCAAAACAAACUAGUUAAAACUAGAUCAGAACCCGAAGCAAUCAAAUUCUCAUACCCUUUCAAAAUUGAAAAAAAAACAACAAACAAAAGAACAAAAAGCGAACCGGCGGCGAUGGAAGAGUGGUCCGCUAUCUGCGGGUGGUGCGGCAGAAAUCAUUUGCGUGGUGCUCACCGAUGGUGCGCCGCUGCUUCGUCGCGAAGGUUGCACGGAGGACGCUUAAUGGUGUAG